CCAUUUAAAUAAGUGUGUGUGAUCUGAGCCCGAAAAUCAAUGACACUUAGUUUAAGAUAAAAUUAGAAUCUGAAAGAUUACGCAUUGAUAAAUUUAGUGGUGUCUGUAAUAUUUAUUUUGUGGAUGUAGAUCUACAGGCAUAAUGAAUAGGUGACUUAAGAUGUGAGCUGUAAUAGAGAAGUAAUCAAGUUCUUUUAUUUAGAUCGUAAUUCAGGAUUAAUAUUCAUUUCUGGAAACAUUUCAGAGCAUUAUGAAUGGCGAGAAUUCGUCUGAUUCUCUGCUUACUUUGUUUUUUCUGUCAUUACACACAACAGGCGGUGGACUUGUUGCCUCCCACAUCCAUUGAGUUGGCCGCCAUAAAUGUCGAGCUGUCUGAGAGUCAGAAGACUCAGAAGGAUUUGUUUAACGGCGCCCCACUGGUCACCUGUGAGGACGAGGAUGAUACAAGGGCGUUCAUCCAGACCAUCUCCCCAGCUUCACCUUGUGGAAAGAAAUGUUUCCUGUUACAGAAAUGUGGAGCCGGCGCGCCGAACCAGACAGAGUUUUGCCUGAUCUUUCUUCCGAGUGAGGGCACUCUCAGCUACAAGCAAGCAAGUCUCUACCAGCUGACCAUUGGAUGCACUGAUGACCUGGAGCCAGUGGCCACCAAAACGAUGACCAUCAACAUCAUCAACAACUCGCCUCCAGUUUUCCAAAAUCAAAACUUACCUUCCUUUGCAACUAUACCUGCUUCAACUGCUGCUGGCAAAUCUGUGUUUUCGGUGGCGGCGAGUGACAGUGACGGUGAUCCCAUCUACUACUCCAUGACCUUGUCACCAGCUACACCGUACCUUACCAUUGGAUACACUGAUGGUCUCGUCAAGACGACACAGGACCUGAAGUACCUGUGCGAGAAUACUAUAACUGCCAAUUUCCAAGCCACCGACAAAAUCAAUUCACCAAUCACUAAAACAGUCACUUUUACCAUUGACAAGGCGAACACGGCGCCUACAAUCACUAACCUGGAUACGACUAUCAGCAUUGAUGAGAAUACUGCAUCAGGACCAGUUCGGACUCUAAACGUUCUGGACGAUAAAAUCGGCACACCUUUGACUUACCAUAUGACGUCAGUGUCAGGCUCAGGACUGGAGCUUUAUUCUUUUGAUCCUACAACCAAAAUUCUCUCCACUAAAUCGAAGCCCAAUUACGAACGGCUUGACACCCGCAGUGUGACCCUGUACUUCGAAGUGACAGACGGCUAUUGCACCUCGCCCCAGUACUCACUGACCAUCAACAUCAAUGACGUGAACGAGAGUCCGGUCCUGACCCCGAGUGACCGCAAAAUAAUUGAAGUCUUUGAAGAAAACAUAGUGACGCCAUCAGGUGUGACCCUAACGGACGAAGACAUCAACGACUCUUGGACUUACAGCUUGGUGUCCAGCUCAGAUUCACGACUAACAGUUGACCCCAGCUCUGGUGACAUCAUCACCACUGCCCCAAUAGACAUUGAUAAGAAUACAGUCUCCAAGACUUACACUGUUAAGUUUGUAGCUACCGAUAAGAAAGGCAAAGUGUCAAAUACUGCCACGGCCACAGUCACAAUCUACGACAUCAACGAUAACCCCCCCCCGUACUUCAAAUCAAAGAGUUAUUCUUUCGCAGCCACUGAGUGCACUGACCCGGGAACUCCACUUGGCAAGGUGGUUGGGGAUGACGAUGACUCCACUUAUCGCAACAAUGAUUGGCUUGUAUACGGUGGUGGCGGCGGCAAGAUGUCUGUCAUGUCAGACGGCACUGUCAUACUGACACAAGCUUGUGUUGACGGCGAAACUGGGUCAGGUGAAGCGACGAUCACAGAUCAAGGGGAAUACCCAGGACCUCUCAGUGGUCUAGAUGUCCCCAUAGCUCUUACGUGUGGGCCAUGCCCUCCCCCUGUUCCCCCCGCAACAGCAGCUCCAGCGACCACCAAAACAGCAGCCGCCACUACAAAGGCGACAACCAGCUCCUCCUCGGGAACAGCAGGUGGCAGUGGAGGCGGAGGAAUCACCGACUACCUUGGCUGGAUGAUCCCCGCCAUCAUAGGCGGAUUGAUAUGGCUGGCCCUGAUGGGGUUCUUGAUCUACCGUUACUGCUUCCCCUGCAGAAACCCUUGCGCUGGACGCUGUGUUCGUCAACCCAAGACUCCUAAACCUCCACCAAAGGCGCAGGAACCAAAGCCCCCAAAGCCAGAGAAACCCAAGAAGCUUCCACCUCCUCCACCGCCGCCUACAAAAGUGACGCCUCCACCUCCCCCGCCACCUCAACCAGAACCACCAGCUGACCCUUAUCUUUUCGGUUUCUGGAAAGAACAAUUUACUGAUCAGGAUCAUCUCAAGCAGCCAGCCAGGGCGGCCAAACCUCAGCCUAUUGAGAACAUGCCACCCGCUGAGGUUGUACCCAGAGGCAACGCCGUUCCUCCAGAGAAUCUCAAACUGGGAAACCCAGGCAUUGGACAAUGGAACCUUAAACCAGCAGCCCCGAGUAACGGCGCCCAGCCGACUGUCACCCAGGCCGCGGCACCCCAGAAAUCCAAAUGUGUUAUUUUGUGAAAGUAUAGUAUUUGCAUAGUAGCAAUUUUUGAUGGUGUGUAGGUCGUAGUAUAUUUUAGUGAGGGAGAGAAUGCUGGGAAAAAAAUGGUGGGAAGUCAUGGUAUGAAGUUAGUGAAAUGUCAAAUAUUGUUUUAAGUAGCAAAUCCAUUCCAUCUGUUUCUCAGUCUUUUAACAAAUCUAUCUCAAGGAGUAUCGAACCGGCGCACUAGGGGCAUCUGGAGAGGACCAGGCCCAUCACCUGAAGGCAGUCGAAAGCUUACAGAAAAUACAUAUUUUGUUGUGUCUGCUUUCUAAAGACAUUAUAUUCCGCUACUCCUGUAAUAUUUGUUAUACUCCUUAAAUAAACUUUCUGUACCCAAUUAUUGUCAAGCUUUUUUCUAAAAGAAUGGAGAAAUCUAGAUCUACCCAGUUACUCCAUACCACAAACUGCUUGAAUACAAUGCACCCCCUCAGUUUGAGAAACGCUGCUGUAAUGUCAAAGGUAUUAAUAGCCUUAAUACAGAAAGCUAUACUUUAUACAAUAACAAAUUUAAAGUAUUAUACUGAAAAUCUCAUAAUAAUAAUAAUAAUAAGGCUUGUCUUCGAGUCCGAAGAUAAGUGAGGAAUACAGUAUUUCCCGUGGCGGGCAGCCCCAGCUGUGACCUACAUAUUUUGUCAAAUCCAGGGCAAGCAUAACCAUUGUCCGCAGGUGGUCGAUUUAGAUUUUCUUUUCGUCGUCUGCGUUUGUCCUCGGCAGCAGAUUUUCUUUUGGUCUCAAAUGUGUAUCCCGCGGCCUUCGUGAGUGACCUCCAGCUGUCUCGUUCCGACGCCGCAUGUAGCCAGGUUGACGCAAUGUGUUCAAUCUUCGACGUCUAUCUCAUUAUAAUCACUGGCAAUUUGCCACAACAACAUCAUUCGUGUGAUGCAUGAAUAGUACAUUGACUUGUAGGAAAAUUCUAAAUUACAAUAAAUGAUACUCUUCCUAGUUCUAGAAAUUUGCAUACAAAUCGAGUGUACUUUUAGUGAGAAAAAAAAUAACCUUGACCUAAGAAUUGAUAUUUGCUAAAACAUUUACAUAAUUACAUGCUUGUCUUUCCCUCUUUUUUUGGGUGCAAAGAACACAUCUGACUGCAUCUGAUGUGUCAAAAAUGUAGGUCACAGAUGGGUCAGCGUAGUUACGUGAAAUACUAUCCACAUCUCCUGAUUUCGAAUAUGCUUUAUUAUGAAAAAAAAACACUUAGCACAUAAUUGAUGAUUUAAUUAAGUGAUGUCAGCCGCAUCAUAAAUUAAUGACAAAAUGUACUUACAUUGAUUGGUUCAUUGGCUUUGAAGUAAAUUAUUUAUAUGAUA